AUGGUGUCGUUUUCCUGCGAGGGCUGCGGGGACGUCCUCACCAAGAAGAAACUCGAUCCCCAUCGCAACCAAUGCUACGGCGCCUCCUACACCUGCCUGGACUGCAUGGUGCACUUUGACGGCACCAGCUACAGAGCCCAUACGUCUUGCAUCACCGAAGACCAGAAGUACCAGGGCAAGCUGUACCGCGAGCCCAAGCAGAACAAGAAGCAGCAGCCGCAGCACCAGAAGAAGGACAGCGUCCAGCAGCACUCUCAAGCACUCGUCCCGCGCAACGCCUACGUCGAAGAUGCCGCCGACACAGACAACAAUGCCGUCGCCAUUGUCGAUGCUCCCCCGCGCGCACCCACCCCACCGCCUGCCGCACACUCGCUAGGGUACAAGGAACAGGCUGCCCUGCCUGAUGUCAACGUCUUUGACUUCUUGGACACAUCCGAGACUCCUGCGCCCGCAAGGACACGCGCGCCCAUCGACGAGUCGCGCAUGAUCGAGGACAGCAUGCCGCCCGCUUACCAAGAGGAGGAACCUAAGAUAUCGGCAACCGAUGUCAUGAAAUUCCAGGUGCCGGACGACGAGGACUUCACUGGCAAUGGCUUCGCCUAUGGUGACGAGCCUGUGCGACCUAGCAACGAGCGCUUUGACUCUUCGUACGACAUCCGCGAGCAGAACCCGCAAUACAGCUACACCACACCCGCGCCCAAAUCCAAACACAGCCGAACCAAGUCGCGCGACAAGAACAUCGACACUACAAUCAGUAAGUCUGAGCGCAAGCGCAAGCGCAAUUCGCCCGCCGAGCUUGACAUGUCGCUGGUCCGCGCACAAGAAGAGAGGGACACCGCAAUGGUAGAAGCACCACCGAUCUUGCACUCCGGUCUGACUGGUGGUCUCAACCGACUUCUCCACUCUUCGCAGUUUCCUCCCACCCCUGAUCACUCUGGUGAUUGGGUGGAGAAUUCGCCCCUGAGCCCUAUGAAACGAGCGAAGCAAGGGGCUUCCAAGGCAUUCCUCCGCGCGCAAAAAGAUUUUGAACUUCAGCAAGAGAAGGAUCGCAAAGCUGAGAUCAAGGAAGAGCGAGUCCGUGAGAAAGAGGAGCGAAAAGAGCGCGAACGUGGCCGUGAUCGUGAACGCAAAGAACGCAAGGAGAUCAAAGCCAGCACCGCCCUCGUCAAGAUCCGACCCAAGAUGAAGCGCCGUGAUGACUCUGAACGUUCCAGCCACAAACACCGGGAGGGAGGCGAGCGACGCCGUCGCCGCGAGACCGACUCCUCAGGCUCGCCACCUCGCCCACGCAAGACUGUCAAAGCGAUCGAGUACCGCCGCUCCGAAUCGCAAUCCUCUGUUCCAGACAAUGACCGGCAAUUAAUUGUCCGCCCGAACGGAGACGUUGUACCUGUCAGAACGGACCAUGAGGCCCGCGCCGAACUCUUCAUGUCCUUCAUCAACAAAGGGCCCGAGUCGGAGCGGGGCAUGAGCGUUAACAAAACGCUGAAGCGUUACCAUCGCGAACGCCAUGACUACGAUCACCACGUCUCCAAGGCUGACGAAGAGAAAGAGCUCUGGAAGAGCUUGCGUCUCAAGCGGAAUGACCGUGGCGAGAUUGUUCUUUUCUUUGCACCGCCAGAUAUAGAGGCCGCAUGA